GGGUGCCCAGAGAUCUCGCCGGGGACCCCGUGGUACUCCCAGCCGGGUGGGAGGGACGACCCUUAGUAGUCCUAGCUUCCCGUCGCCCUUCCCCGGGGCGGGGAGGGCAGCUGGGGUCCAUGUGUUUGCACAUCCGUCCGUCCUCCUUUGCCGCGUACUUUUCCGUCACCCUCCUGCCGCAGAAUGCUGAAGGCUCUGGUACUUCUUUUCCUGGCCUGGGUCUGCUUCCUCUUUUAUGCUGGCAUUGCCGUCUUCACCAGUGGCUUUCUGCUCACCCGACUGGAGCUUACCAAUCAUAGCAUCUGUCAGGAGCUGCCUGGAAAAGGACCUCUGGUGGGAGGUGGCCGUGGUGAGCCAGGGGCCUGUUGGACAGCUCCUCGAUUUUCCCGAGCUGUGGUAGUGCUGAUAGAUGCACUACGAUUUGAUUUUGUGCAGCCUUGGCCAGAUGGCCUUCCUGCCCCACAACCUUUCCUAGGAAGGCUGGGUUCCAUACAGCGCCUUCUGGAAGCCCAGCCACAACAUGCUCGCCUCUACCGGUUCCUGGCCGACCCACCCACCACCACCAUGCAACGACUCAAGGCUCUCACCACAGGCUCUUUACCUACCUUCAUUGAUGCUGGAAGCAACUUUGCUAGCUAUGCCAUCCAAGAAGAUAACCUCAUUGCUCAGCUCAACAACACUGGGAAACGAGUGGUUUUCAUGGGGGAUGACACUUGGAAGGACUUGUUCCCAGGAGCUUUCUCUGAAGCCUUCUUCUUCCCAUCCUUCAAUGUCAAAGAUCUACACACUGUGGACAAUGGCAUUCUGGAGCACCUCUACCCUACCAUGGACAGAGAUGACUGGGACCUGCUGAUUGCUCACUUCCUGGGUGUAGAUCAUUGUGGCCACAAACAUGGUCCCCACCAUCCUGAGAUGGCCAAGAAGCUCAACCAGAUGGACCAGAUGCUUCAGACCCUUGUGGAGCGACUGGAGAAUGAUACACUGCUGGUGGUGGCUGGAGAUCAUGGCAUGACAGAGACAGGAGACCAUGGUGGAGAUAGCAAGCCAGAAGUCACGGCUGCACUCUUUCUCUACAGCCCUUUGCCCCUUUUCCCCAGGGCGCCCCUGAAGGACCCAGAAGUGGUUCCCCAGGUGAACCUGGUGCCAACGCUGGCCCUUCUGCUUGGCCUGCCCAUACCUUUUGGAAACAUAGGAGAGGUGAUGGUGGACCUGUUUUCAAGAGAAGGAGAUGCCCAGCCUCUUGCUACAGCUCUUGCCCAGGCCUCUGCCUACCAUCUCAAUGCCCAACAGGUCUCCCGCUUUCUUCGUGCUUACUCAUUAGCUGCCCAGGACUUGCCUCCUGAGGAGCUCCAGCACCUUCAGAACCUUUUCUCCUCUGCAUCCUCUGAAUAUGAACGACUGCUAGAUCAGCUGAAGACUGAAGAGGUCAGAGAGGCCGACAUACAGGGUCUGAUCUCCCAGCUGAGAUUGUUCUUGCGGGGGGCGCGGACAGCCUGCACAGAGACAUGGGCUCGAUUCCGCCCAGCCCGAAUGAUAGGGGGCACCAUACUCCUGGCUUCCACCUGCCUUCUCUGCCUAGUGACCUCUGGGCUCACCAGCUCCCCUGACUUCCCAUUCCACUGCCUGCUCCUAAGGUCUGUGGCCUGGGGUCUGGCAGGGUCUGCCUUGCUAGCUGGGGGACUGAUGGCAGGUGGGAGUGGGCUAGAGCCAGCUCUGUUGUGCGCAGGGGGUGCAGCCACCUCCCUCAUGGCCUUCUUGUGGAAUUUAAAGUCAAGGGGGCGGCCACCAAUGGCAAUUAUUCUCCCAGGCCCUUUGCCUAUCUUGGUGCUCCUGUUUCUCCGCUCGGCUGCUCUCUUUUCUGACAGCUUUGUCCUGGCUGAGGCUAGGGCAGCCCCCUUCCUUUUGCGUUCAAUGUCCCUGUUUCUAGUGGCUCAGUUGCACUGGGAGGGCCGGCUUCUGGGGGGGUGGCCCACAGCUCCUUGCCUCAGCUCCCCCACAGCAUCUAUGGCACGGCGGGAGGGUCCACAGGCCCUAGGGCUACUGGUUGGCCUGCUCCUGUGUGUACGCCUGUCUAGUUUCUUCCAUCGCUGCCCAGAAGAGACACCUGUUUGCCAGUCAUCACCCUGGUUAACUCCUCUAGCUGCAAUGGGUGGUGGCCAGGCCAAGAACCUCUGGUAUGGGGCAUGUCUAGGAGCACUAGGGGUGCUGGUCCUAUCUGUACGGUUUUGGCUGCGCCGCUGUGGGAAUCUUAACAGCCCUGCACCUCCAGUCCUCUUUGUGCGCUGGGGAUUGCCACUGAUGGCACUUGGCACUGCUGCCCACUGGGCAUUGGCCUCAGGCUCAGAUGAGGCACCCCCCAGGCUACAAGCCCUGGUGUCUGGAGCUGUGGUAGGGUUGCCACGGGCUGUACUGGGUCUGGCAGCCCUAGGACUAGGGCUACUGCUUUGGCAGCCGGUCACAGUAUUGGUCAAGACUGGGGCAAGUAGCUCCAACCCCAUUGUUGUCCCUUUUGUGGGACCCCCAGCCUCCCAGGCUGACCUGGACUACGUGGUCCCUCAGAUCUACCGUCGAAUGCAGGAGGCACUGAGGGGAAAGCUGGCCGGGGGUGGGGGCCAGACACCAAUGUCACUGGCUGCCUACGGGCUGGGGAGUGUGUACUCUGCCGCCAUGGUGACCACCCUUGCCCUUCUGGCCUUCCCGCUGCUGCUGCUGCACACUGAGCGGAUCAGCCUCGCCUUCCUGAUCCUCUUCCUGCAGAGUUUCCUACUUUUGCAGCUACUCGCCACUGCUGUUGGGAACCCAGCUGGAAGUUCUGGUCCCUUCUCAGUGCCAUGGCUUGCCAUCUCCGCUUGGGCUCUCACAGCUACUCAGACCUUCUACUCCACAGGCCAUCAACCUGUCUUUCCAGCUAUCCAUUGGAAUGCUGCCUUUGUGGGCUUCCCUGAGGGGCAUGGUUCAUCCCCUCUGCUGCCUGCUGUGCUUGUGGGGGCCAACACCUUUGCCUCCCACCUUCUUUUUUCAGUUGGCUGCCCGUUGCUCUUGCUCUGGCCCUUUGUGUGUGAGGGCCAAGGGUCUACGAAGAAGAAGCCCCUAGCGAGUGGGGCCGAGGUGGAGGGAGAGAAGGAGGAGGAACCCUUGAUGGAGAUGCGUCUCCGGGAUGCCCCUCAUCAUUUCAAUGCUGCUCUCCUACAACUGGGCCUCAAGUACCUCUUCAUCCUAGGUAUACAGGUCUUAGCCUGUGUUCUGGCAGCUUCCAUACUUCGGAGGCAUCUCAUGGUCUGGAAGGUGUUUGCUCCCAAGUUCAUCUUUGAAGCUGUGGGUUUUGUGGUGAGCAGCCUAGCGCUCCUACUGGGUGUGGCCCUGGUGAUGUGGGUAGACAGAGCUGUGGGGUCCUGGUUCAAGCAGCUCAUUCUGUCCCAGGAGAGGUAGCUUUUGUCACCUGGACCUUGGGACCAAUCUUUCUUCAUACCCCCAGGGCAAGUAAACCCUGGGUUCACCUCUACAUGGCUUGUCCUACAGUUCUAAGUUUGAGACAACAUGCUGAGCAGGACCUCUGGCUAGGACUCAACCCACUUCUGUGGAGACCUGUACUGCCCUGGUUGUAGCUGGGUCACCAGCAUCCUCUACUCCAGACAGAGUGUGUGUGUACCUCACUCUCAAGGGGUUUGUAGCAAUGGGUCACACACUUGUGGAGCCAGAUGGUAACAGUGACUUCACUGGGGUUUUCAUAUUCAGGAUUGGAGAGAGGCAGAGAACUCAGGUCUGUGCUGAAAUUGUCUCUCCUCUGGAAGGAUUGGAGCAGGCCAAGCAGCUAUGUAGAAGUUUUGGGCCUGACCCUGUUCUCUCCAUUGAUUUUCUCUUCUUAGCCUGACCAAGCCAAAUGACUCUGCCUUUCCCUAAGUGAGAUUGGGUUAAUGUGAAUCUGAGGCACUGGAGAAAUCUGGGGUGGGGGCCUGGUGGGGGAAGUGAGCUGCUAUGUAUACCCAGAGUGAAAUAAAACACUGGAGAAUUGUGUAUGUGUGAAAGAAA